AUGUGCUGGAAGCUUCAGUUUGUUUUGCUUGCUUUUGUCAUCCAAAAUGUAAGUUCUCAGAAUGAUCGGAAUACGGAUGCGGAAAUGGAAACAGAUACGGAUGUAGAAUCUGGCCAGUUUUUUAGCCACCUGUAUAAACGAAAUUUGUACCAAAUGGUGAGGAUAAAGAAUGACUCAUUGGAUCCAUGUGAUGAUUUCUACUCGCAUGCUUGUGGGAAUUUCGAUCAACAUCUUCAGGAAGACCCUGAUGAAAUCCUGCCACCUUAUCUAUAUAACAAACAGGACAGAAUGAACUUUUUUUCGACACAGGUUCACAAUUUCGAAACCAUACCAGGAAAAUUAAUUUCACAACUAUAUGCGGAGUGUCGAAAUAGGGAAGCAAAGAAAAUGUCAAAUCAAAGUGCCUCUGCUACGCAUUGGGAACAUCUACUUGAGGAAAUUCCCUUUCUUGCCGGACAUAAAGAAGUGCUCUUUUCUUGGCCUUUUCUCAAACAUCAAUGGGAGCAAAAACAUCUUAAUGGACAACUGAAUUGGAUAGUUCUAUCAGCUCAAUUGGCAGCUCAUGGUUUACCCACUCUACUCCAUAUCUACUUUGCAUUGGAUACCAUUUAUGUGAGCCCCAUAGAGGAUCUACCUUGCCCAAGUAUAGACGAUUUCCAUUCGAGCCUAUCUGAUGUUUUACAGAAUCGUCAUCGUCAUGUUUCUCACAUAAUAGGUUAUGAAAUGAGGGUUCUAUGUCGCAGAAUGAGAGGAGAACUUCCGCUUGUGAGGAGCUUAAUGAGAAAUGGAGAGAGCACAACUACUAAGCCUAGUCAAGAACAGCUCCUCCUGGAUGAGAACACGAUGGACUACUUUCAGCACUUUUUUGCCGCUCUUAACUUUUCAACGGAACAGUUGGAAAUAGCCCGUAAGUUUCCGCUAGAUGUGGAGAAGAUCACACAAGCUUGGGAAGUCCUAAGGCAAACGGAACCCCGAAUAGUGUACAACUAUGUGAUGUGGCAGGCCAAGGAACAACUACGUUAUCCAGAUUGCUAUAAAAUAUCUGAGGAAUUCGAGAGAUUGCUUCAUUCGGAGUACUGGCAAUGGCAUAUUCUUAGUCCUCAUUUAACCAGGGAAGUCGCCUUAGCGUCCUAUCAACUCCAUACAACUCGCUUCCAGAAACUACGGAGAUCCAGCCUGUCUAGAAGGGAUUGGUAUGGUCAUCUGUGGCCAGCUUCUGUCGAGAAAAAGGAACUCCAGGUGGCACGCAUUCUCCAAGUUCAUGCUCAAAGCUAUCUGAAUAUAACUGAACUUAAUGAAGUCUACACAGGUUUGGGGUUCGUUAAUGGCUCCUUUCAUGGAAAUCUCCUGCUCCUCAGGCGGGCUCAGUUACGUCAUAGUUUUGUAUCGCCCUAUAUCGACGAGGACGAUGUAAAUCAGCCAGCAUAUUUCCUAAGACAUUUUAUACAUUUUGUCCUGCUUUCCUUGCAUCGUCCUACUUAUCACUAUUAUGCCACACAGGGUUUGGAGCUUUGGAGACAAUCCCGACUUCUUUUAGAUACCGAUGGCCGCUAUACUGCCAUGGAUUGCCUCGAAAGGCAAUCCUUGCAACACUAUGAUGCAGCAUUGGCGCCUAUUUACAGGCCACUUGGUUCGGACGAGAUCGAAGAUAUCUUUCACUUUUAUCGGUCAUUUCAAGCUGCUCGCAGGGAUUACGACUUCUGGCUUCAGGGUGAAAGAUUCGCCUUUGCAGAGACUUUUGUGCUGCAAUUCUUCGGAUUGGAUAUUCAAAGAGUACUCUUCUAUGCAGUGGCCCAACAAUUAUGUAAUCGCCAUACGGACAUAUUUGCAGCUCAACUUAAUAGAGGGUACAUGAAUAUGCCAGAGUUCCAGGAGGCCUUCAAAUGCAAAGCUGAUAAAGCCAUGAAUCCCUCAUCCAGAUGCAUGAUUAACAUGUGCGAGUAAUUAAACUUGGAAAUUAAAAGUGCUGUGUUAUAUUAGCUUAAGAAGUUUUACAAAUAAAAACUAAAAAAUUAAGUAACUAUACAACCUAU